AUGUUGAAGCGACAGAUUAGAGAACGACGAGAGUACCUCUACAGAAAGCACAAGGAAGAGGCAGAAGGCCGAAUCAGGGAUCGAAAAGAAAAGCUCAAGAGAGCUCUCGAUGAAAACAAACCGAUUCCCACAGAGCUCCGUGAAGAUGCACUAAAGCUCCAAGAAGCGAUUGAAUACGACGAUGCCGGAGGACAGACCUUCUCCUCGAUUGAUGAUGAGUACAAAUAUGCGGGUGUUGAAGACCCCAAGAUAAUGGUGACAACUUCUCACGAUCCGUCGGUAAAACUCAAGCAGUUUGCCAAAGAAAUGAAGUUGAUCUUCCCCAACUCGAAACGAAUCAACAGAGGAAACACAGAAAUGCCAGCACUGAUAAAUGAAUGCCGAAAGAAUAAUUUCACGGACUUGGUUGUCUUUCAUGAGACGCGAGGAAAGCCGGACGGAAUGAUUGUCUGCCACUUGCCAUACGGACCGACUGCGUAUUUCAACCUGUCGCAUGUUGUUAUGCGGCAUGAUAUCGAAGAUUGCGAGAAAAUGUCGGAAGCGUUUCCUCAUCUGAUAUUUCAUGGCUUCUCAACGAAACUCGGGGAGAGAGUAACUAACAUCCUCAAGUACCUCUUUCCAGUGCCAAAGAAGGAGUCGAAGCGAAUCAUGACAUUUGCUAACACUGAUGACUUGAUAUCUUACAGGCAUCAUGUGUACAGAAAAGACGAGAAUGGCAAGAUCGAACUGAAAGAAGUCGGCCCCAGGAUGGAAAUUAAAAUGUUUAUGAUUCGCCAAGGAACGCUGGACAAAGAGGAAACAUCGAAUGUCGAAUUCAGAAUCCAUCCAUUUAUGAACACUGCGAAGAAGCGAAAAUAUCUCUAA